AUGCAAGAUGGAAAUAAAAUUCAAGGUGAAUUUAUCGAAAUCGAACGUUGUCUUGCCGAAUUUAUUUUUGGACUAAUCGAAAAUAUUUCAUUUUUCAAAUACAGAUCAAAAGAAGCAAAUUAUGAAUUACUCACUUUAUUCAUUGAUGAAAUUCUACUUCGAAUGUAUCAGAAAAAUUCGAAUUUACAUAACAUCAAACAAUUAAUAGCAAGUUUACUUGAUAAUAAAGAAAAUCAGCAAACUGUCGAUGAUCCAUUCGAAUUACUGAAAAAUUUGAAGAUUAUUGAAUCAUCUAUCAAUAAUCAACAAGAACAAAAUGUUGAAUUAAAUAUUCAAGAACUUAUUCAAAAGACAAACAAUUUAAAAUCAUCAUUCGAUAAUGUCUGCAUAUUGUUUAUUUUUUUUGUUUUUCAUUAG